AUGGAUCUCUCAUUGAUUCGUGAAGAGAACACUUUGCUCGUUGAAGACUCUCAAAUUCAAUCAACAUCCGCAGCUGCACCUACAACUCAACUCCCCAAUACGCUUCAAGCCGAGGAACAACAGCCGUGGUACGAGAAGAUAUUCGGUGGCAAAAUGACGCGAAUCGAAGAGGAGUCGAUGAGCGAGGACGAUAUUGCUGCUACCAUUCUCCCUAACAUUGUUCCUACAUCUCUCAUAUUGCUCUCAAACCUUCCAUAUAACAGUGAUGUAGAAGUCUAA